GUUCGUGUGAGGGAUACAGUUUAAGCGCGUGACAGAAUCUCACGCACACACCACGCACCUAUAAAUAGUUUCACCCUUCCCUUCCGCCACUUCCUCUUUCCCAUUUUCAUUGCAUCUGCGGCAUCAUUUCAUUUUCCGAUUCCAUCAUCAUCUGGUGUUCCUGUGUUUCUGGUAACAAAAUGGUUGGAAGUUUUGGUGUUUUAGCUGACGAUUUGAGCAUCAAUGGAGCAGUUGAACCAUUGCCUGAGGAUUUUGACACAACAGCCAUAAUCAAGGAUCCUGUGCCUCCUGUGGUUGGAGAAAAUGGCGUUGUCAAUGGGGAGGCUCAGGUCAGCAAGGGAAAAGAGAAAAGAGAAAUAGUUCUGGGAAGAAAUAUUCACACUACGUGUCUAGAAGUCACAGAGCCUGAAGCAGAUGAUGAGGUUACUGGGGAUCGGGAAGCUAAUAUGGCAAGCGUGUUGGCCAGAUACAAAAAAUCUUUAACUGAAAGGACAAAGCAUCAUUUAGGCUACCCUUAUAAUUUGGAUUUCGACUAUGGUGCACUUUCUCAACUUCAACACUUUUCCAUAAACAACCUUGGAGAUCCAUUUAUUGAAAGCAACUAUGGUGUCCAUUCCCGGCAGUUUGAAGUUGGUGUUUUGGAUUGGUUUGCCAGGUUGUGGGAACUGGAGAAAAAUGAGUACUGGGGCUAUAUAACAAACUGUGGUACAGAAGGCAAUCUCCACGGCAUCCUAGUUGGGAGAGAGGUGUAUCCAGAUGGGGUUCUGUAUGCCUCACGGGAGUCACACUAUUCCAUUUUUAAAGCUGCUCGUAUGUACAGAAUGGAAUGUGUUAAGGUUGACACUCUUUGGUCUGGCGAGAUUGAUUGUGAUGAUUUCAAGACCAAGCUUCUACUUCACCAGGACAAGCCAGCAAUUAUUAAUGUGAAUAUAGGUACAACUGUGAAAGGAGCUGUGGAUGAUCUUGAUAUGGUCAUCAAGAAACUCGAAGAAGCUGGGUUUUCGCAUGACAGGUUCUACAUCCAUGUCGAUGGGGCUUUGUUUGGUCUCAUGAUGCCUUUCGUGAAACAAGCUCCAAAAGUUACUUUUAAGAAGCCGAUUGGCAGUGUCAGUGUUUCUGGCCACAAAUUUGUUGGGUGCCCCAUGCCUUGUGGUGUGCAGAUAACAAGAUUGGAGUAUGUUAAUGCUCUUUCCAGGGACGUGGAAUACCUUGCUUCUAGGGAUGCCACUAUCAUGGGUAGUCGGAAUGGCCAUGCUCCCAUAUUUCUUUGGUAUACCUUGAACCGGAAAGGAUACAGAGGUUUUCAGAAAGAAGUACAGAAAUGCUUGCGGAAUGCACAUUACUUCAAAGACCGCCUUGUCGAGGCAGGGAUCGGUGCAAUGCUUAAUGAGCUGAGCAGCACAGUUGUGUUUGAGCGGCCACACGAUGAGGAAUUUAUACGCAAGUGGCAGUUGGCAUGCAAGGGGAACAUUGCACAUGUGGUGGUAAUGCCAAACAUCACUAUUGAGAAGCUUGAUGAUUUUCUAGAGGAGCUUAUGCAGAAUCGUGCUACCUGGUUUCAAGAUGGGAAGUACACACCUUAUUGUAUUGCAUCAGAUGUAGGUGAAAAAGAUUGCCUUUGUGCUUUACAUAAGUAACUCUCGCAUCUGAUCUAGAUUUUGCAACUGUAGUUGUUUUAUGGAGUUCUUAUGCAGUGUGUUUUUAUCAGGAUAUUUAUGCACUUAAUAUCAUUCAGAACCGUCCUUGCUUUCCAUA